CAGCGCGAUCAGGAGUUGCGUUAUUGAUUUGAUGGUGAUGGACACGCGCGCUGCAGCGUUGCUGCUGCCAUCGCACUGCUGUCCUCUGUGGGAAUCUGAUCGAUAAUGUAGCAUGAGACCAGGCAGGGGAACGGACUUUAUCUCACCACUGUGGAGGUGUCGCGGUCUGAGGCGCGUUUCAGUGGCUGAAAACAUCGUCUCACAGGAACUAAACCGAGACAUUCAAGCGACGUCGGGAGAUUUCCGAGCGAUUCUGUGCGCAAAAGCGGACUGAACAGAAACAGCAAGCGCAUAUUUGAGCAACGGAGCUUCUACUCUAGAAUUAUUGACUUCAGAGACACUGCAAAUACACACCAAAAACCAUGUCAGUAGAUAAAACAUGCACCCGCUCUUCGCUAUCUGUUUGCAGGAGGACGCGAGGGUCGACAGGCCGCUGACAGUCACAAGGGGGAGCCGGACGGGACGUCUGCGGAGGGCUUUUUUGAACACAGUAUUAUCAGAGUUCACCUACCAGAGACCAUGUUGUCCAUCUUAGCGGCGGGGUCUGUGUUCUUCCCAGGCCUUUUCCUGUUGUCCAAGCAGUGUCUCAAAUCCAUCCCUGGACUGCGCUGGAAUGAGGGCGAUGCCGUCAUCGUGUCAGCCAGGUUGGUGUCAUCCAUCCAAGCUAUAAUGGCUUCUACGGCUGGUUACAUCAUCUCCUCAUCCUGUCAGGACAUCAUCGAGGACCAACAUUGGCUGACCUGCUCCUACAUUUUGUUCGCCGUGCCGUACUUUGUGUAUGACAUCUACGCCAUGUUCCUGUGUUACUGGCACAAGCUCCAGGUCAAAGGUCACGAGGUGGACAACGGCUCCAGAUCCAAGGCCGUGGCAGUCCCUGGUUAUCUCCGCCGAGAGUUCCUCAUGAUCUUACAUCACGUCGUCAUGGUCACCGCAUGCUUCCCCAUCUCUGUGUUCUGGAGGCAGGGAAAGGGCGAUUACUUCCAGGGUGUCAUGUUCCUGGCUGAACUCAGCACACCGUCCGUCUGUCUGGGGAAAAUCCUCAUCCAGUACAAGCAACAGCACACACUUCUUCACAAAGUGAAUGGAGCUGUUAUGCUGAUCACUUUCUUCCUCUGUCGAGUCCUUCUCUUCCCCUAUCUCUACUACGUUUACGGAAGGUACGCCUCGAUUCCCUUCUACCGGGUCCCUUUUGUGGUGCCCUGGCAGUGUAAUCUGGGAGCGGGUCUGCUCAUGGCCCCGCAGCUCUACUGGUUCUCCCUGAUCUGCAGAGGAGCUCUGCGCCUGUUCACCGGCCGCUCCUCGCGCUCCCGCAAACCCACGGCUCCGGUCAAGCCUGAGUAUGAAGGACACGAGGGAAUGCCUCAGUCAGCCAAUGGAUACAGUACACAGAUGGGGGGUCGGGACACACCCACAAUGUCUCACUGAGGGGAGGAGCUUAUGCAAACGAGACGGGAUUGGAUGAACGGCUGAGCAGAAGGGCAGGUUGCCAAGGAAGUACACAGAGUGAUUAAAGAGGUACCGAAAUAGACUAGACGCCCUGUAAUGCAUUGCAGAACAGCAUUAUGUUUAGUUACAGGGCUCGUGAACUGUAAAUAAGACAUGCUUUAGUAGAUCAAGGGAAGCUAUGCCGAAAAAAUCAGUGGAAGUGUCUACACAACGGCCACAUCACAACUGAGGCAAUAAGUGCAAAUUUUACGCGAGAGAACAUUUCUGAACCAAGAGAAGCACUUUUUGUUUGAGGCACUUUGAAGGGGUCGCAGAAUGUCAAACCGAGGUCUCGUGCCUGAGGUCUGUUCUUUGCAUAUAUUACUGUAGUGUUGCAGAUACAUCAUUCAUAGAAAAGUCCUUGACUUAUUAUAUUUAGCACUGGUCUACAAUGAGCAACCCAAGCUUUAAUAUCUCUGGCGAGUUCAGUCCAAAGGCCUCUAAAGGGACAGUUUACCCAAAAAUGAACAUUUAUUUUAUUAGUGAAACACAAAUUUGAGAUGUUAGGCAGAAUGUGUGAGCUGCACUUUUCCAUACAGUGAUUUAUUCUGUUCCAAAAUGGAAAAAAAGGACCAUAUACAGU